UGUUCGCCGCCUGCUGGAAUCCGUUCAGUGGUCCUCCAUCGGAGGACAGAUUGCCACGCCUUGCCGCCCCGCGACCGCGCCCUCCGGCCGUCCGUGCGUUGAGUCUUCCGCGUCCGCCUCCGUGGUUUCCUCUCGGGGCGGCCCUGGUCGUCGUUCGGCUUUCGUGCCGAGUCGUGGGGGGUGCCGAGUGCGGCGCGCCUCCCCGGGAUGGAGCGACCAGCGCGGGAGCGUUCUGCCGAUUUGGAGAGUACCGGGGACAGCAAGUCGCCCCAAGGUCGGGCGAGUCCUCCAGCGCCGUCGAGCCGGGAUUGGGAGCGCGGGCUCCUCGGCCCCUCGACGGCUCGCCGACAGACUCCCGAGCGGAUGCGGGGGCAGUCGCGGGGCAGGACUGCCGCGCCCCCGAGACACGAGGAGAAAUCCCCCGAGCGCGCCGUGGAGAUUGGACGUGAACCAGUGGCGCGUGGCGAGGUGCAGCAGUCACCACGCCAGCAGCAUCCCGCCCGCCGAGGAACGCCUCAGCGCCGCCCACAGGCGGGGCCUGGGCAGCAGCGCCGGACUCCGCAGGCGCCGCGCGGGCGAUCGGGCCAGCGCGUCGGCUGGAGGGCUGGCGGGGGGAGUAACCGUGGGUCCGCGGCGGAGAGGCGCCUAGGGCGGGCCGCGGCGACUCUCGAGGGCUUGUUCCGCAGUGUCGCCCAACCCCAGCAGGCUCUGGCGUAUUCUCCGCAGCUUCUGGCGCCCCAGCAAUACCAGCAAGCGCACUUGCCGCCCGUGCGUUUGCCCCUUCCUCAGGCACCGACGCCGCCAUUCCCUCCCCGCAGUGUGACAUCUCUCCCGCUCCUUGACAGCCAGCACCUCUUGGCGUCCCUUCCCUCCGCACCCCCUCCGCCAGUCCUCCCCUCGGCCGGUCCCUUCGAUCCGCGUCGGAUGGACGUGCGGUCCGCGGAGAUACUGCCGCCCUGGCAGCCGACGCCCCCGGAUGUGUCGGUGGCAGGAUGGUCCCGUGGCCCACCGCCGUUGGUGGCACCGGCAUCGUUCGGCGAGCGGGCGACAGCGCCCUUUGUCCCCCCCCGCCGUUCGCUGGCGUCACCGACUGGACCUGUGCCCGCCUCGGGAACCGUGUUGGACCCGCGCCUGCUCGCCGUGAUGCGGACAGUAUCGGCGAGCGUAGACUCGGCUGCAGCUGUAGACAUCGUUGGCGGUGCCGUGUCAGCGCUGAUGCUCCUGGGGGACUAUGUGAGGGCCCUGCUUGAGGAGGCUGGAGCGGACGAAGCCGUAUGAUGGGCUGCCGUCGUGUGUAGGUUCUGGUUGGUGAAGUGCGCUCUAGCGUGAGCGCUCUGGUAAGCUCUGUGAGGCUCUCCAUGCCUGUUUGCCAAAUGUAGCGUUGGAGGGUUGUAGACCCCGGAUGCGUGUAUUUGAUGUUGUCGUAGUUGACUUUGUAGCCUUGUGUCCUUGCCGCCCCUCACGCGCGGCCGAAGGCCGCGCUGCGAGCGUCGGCGGCCGAAGGCCGCCGACGCGAGCCGCCACCAAGGGUUGGAGAAAAGAAAGAACUGGAAACUAAACAGGAAGAAUGAGGGAGGGAGAGAGCUUAUAUAGCUGGAGAGGGACUCAUGCUCUCUCUCUCUCUCUCUCGCUCUCUCUCUCCUCUCUCUCGCCACCAAGGGUUGGAGAAAAGAAAGAACUGGAAACUAAACAGGAAGAAUGAGGGAGGGAGAGAGCUUAUAUAGCUGGAGAGGGACUCAUGCUCUCUCUCUCUCUCUCUCGCUCUCUCUCUCCUCUCUCUCGCCACCAAGGGUUGGAGAAAAGAAAGAACUGGAAACUAA